AGCGGCGGCGACGGCGGCCGGGUCUUCCUCCUCUUGCCGCGGGGCCAGAUCCCCCGACGGUGUCCAGCUGCGUUUAAGUCUGGCCGGUGCCACCUGUCUCCGCAAUGCCCCCCAAGAAACAGGCUCAGGCCGGGGGCAGCAAAAAGGCGGAGCAGAAAAAGAAGGAAAAGAUUAUCGAAGACAAAACUUUUGGUCCAAAGAAUAAGAAAGGAGCAAAGCAACAGAAGUUUAUUAAAGCUGUCACUCAUCAGGUUAAAUUUGGUCAACAAAAUCCACGUCAGGUAGCACAAAGUGAAGCUGAGAAGAAAUUGAAGAAAGAUGACAAGAAGAAAGAAUUACAGGAACUAAAUGAGCUCUUCAAGCCUGUAGUUGCUGCUCAAAAAAUUAGUAAAGGUGCAGAUCCCAAGUCCGUGGUAUGUGCAUUCUUCAAGCAAGGACAAUGUACUAAAGGAGAUAAGUGUAAAUUCUCUCAUGACUUGACUUUGGAGAGAAAAUGUGAAAAGCGAAGUGUUUACAUUGAUGCAAGAGAUGAAGAACUUGAAAAAGAUACUAUGGAUAAUUGGGAUGAGAAAAAGCUGGAAGAAGUAGUGAACAAGAAGCACGGUGAGGCGGAAAAGAAAAAACCAAAAACUCAAAUAGUAUGCAAGCAUUUCCUUGAAGCCAUUGAAAACAACAAGUAUGGCUGGUUUUGGGUUUGCCCUGGAGGGGGCGAUAAUUGCAUGUAUCGCCAUGCACUUCCUCCUGGAUUUGUGUUGAAAAAAGACAAAAAGAAAGAAGAGAAAGAGGAUGAAAUUUCAUUAGAAGAUCUAAUUGAAAGAGAGCGUUCUGCCCUAGGCCCAAAUGUUACCAAAAUCACUCUAGAAUCUUUUCUUGCAUGGAAAAAAAGGAAAAGACAAGAAAAGAUUGAUAGACUUGAACAAGAUAUGGAAAGAAGAAAAGCUGACUUCAAAGCAGGCAAAGCACUAGUGAUCAGUGGUCGUGAGGUGUUUGAAUUUCGUCCUGAAUUGGUCAAUGAUGAUGAUGAAGAAGCAGAUGAUACCCGUUACACCCAAGGAACAGGUGGUGAUGAGGUUGAUGAUUCAAUGAGCGUCAAUGACAUAGAUUUAAGCCUGUACGUCCCAAGAGAUGUAGAUGAGACAGGUAUUACUGUAGCCAGUCUUGAAAGAUUCAGCACAUAUACUUCAGAUAAAGAUGAAAACAAAUUAAGCGAAGCUUCUGGAGGUAGGGCUGAAAAUGGUGAAAGAAGUGAUCUGGAAGAAGACAAUGAAGGGGAAGGGCAGGAAAAUGGAGCCAUCGAUGCCGUUCCUGUUGAUGAAAAUCUUUUUACUGGGGAAGAUUUGGAUGAACUAGAAGAAGAAUUAAACACACUUGAUUUAGAAGAAUGACACCAAGCAAGUCAAUGACAAAAUUAAGUCAGCUCAACGUGAGUUGAAAUUGACUACAUUAAUUUUUUUCCGCCUAGAAUCAACAGGAUGUUUGUUUCUCAUGCUGAUUCUGGAGGGUUUGUUUUCCUCCAAAAAAGGAAUAUUCUCCCUACAUCUUCUCUUCUGACUUUGACUACAUCUCAUAGUAAGUUCAGAGUAGUUCAUGAUAAAUUGAAAAUAUAAUGGUCAUUGCAGAAAAUGAUUGAUUGUUGUAACUGUCCACUCAAGUAGGAAUUGUAACUGCUUUUUCAGCUUUUGGUUCUCAUUGGGCAUGUGUUAUUACCCUGAACAACAUAAAUUUACUUUAAAAUACCCUUCAUUUGAUGCAGUUUUUAGUGAGUGAUUUCAUUUCCUUUGUAUUUAUAUGUUUAAAAGACUGCCUGAAUAUGAGAACUGUACUUCAUAAAGGAAACUGCAUAUGCAGAUUCAGUAUUGUAUAUCUUUGGACAAGUAGAUGGACAUUUAAAAUGGGACUUUAAUCUGACAGGAUCAGUUAUAAUGCCCUGUGUUAAACUGUUC